AUGAAACACAACACCGGAGGCGGUGGCGCACGGAGGGCAACAAAUUUAUGCAAACUCAUAACGACCGCCGGAAUGAUAGCAAUGACCGUCCUUGCCAGAGGAGCUGCGUCGAUAGAGGUGGUGUGCUCGAACGAUGACGACUUUUUCUACGCACUACCAGGGACGAGUUGCAGUUCUUACUAUCGAUGCUACCAGCAUCAACCGAUACGCUUCAGCUGUACUGAUGGUGCAAUGUUUGAUUUCUACCAACAACAAUGCAUCCGCAGUGAGGGAACUUGUUAUGAAGCCAUCUGUACUGGUAAAACAAACGGCUUGUACGCGGAUACUUCACAGGGCUGUCGCAGAUCGUACAGAUGCCGAGGAGCCACAAUAACCACCGUGGAAAAUUGUCCUUCGGGCCAGUUGUUUGACGGGAAAGUUUGCGCCUCGCAUGAACACGUUGUCUGCGAGAACCCCGAGACGACGGCCGCGAGCAUCCGGUAUAAAGCGGACCCGCGCUGCUACGGUCUUACCGAUGGAAACCACGUGCUGCAAGAAGAUGGCGCAAACUGCAAGAAAUACCUGGUGUGUCGAAGCGAUCAAGUCUUGGACGUGCUGGAAUGUCCUUCAGACUAUCGGUUCGACGAGCGUACGAAGCGUUGUUCCUGGGUCAAACAGGACGAAAGCGGUUGCCGUGGCUAUAAAGAACGAGAGUGGGACGAUGACAACAGCUGCGCUUUUCACCCCGACGGGGUCCAUCUGUCAGCGGAUUCACGCGACUGCCGGUCGUACAUCAAGUGCCAAUCGCAUAAGUUGUCCAGUCGUCACGAAUGUCCUUCGAUGACCGUCUUCAACGGUCUACAGUGCGUGCCAGCAUUCCUGUUUCACUGUCCUCAGUUAGAUGCACCAGGCGAUAUCUGUAAUCAACGACACGAUGGAUACAUGGUGGACCCAAGGAAAGGCUGCGCUUUUUACGUACUUUGCGCAGACGGUCGCACCGUUGAGCAGUUUUCUUGCCCAAACGGAUUUCAUUACAACGCGCUAGAGAAUAUGUGCCGCGAGGCAAUCUUCGACACCACCUGCCAUCGGAUACCUUACUCGACCGAGUGCACCCAAAAGGCGUCCGGGUUUUACCAGGACUUCACCACGGCACCGAUCCCAUGUAGUGCAUACUUUCACUGCCAUAACGGAGCGAAGACGAGCUUUCGGUGUGGUCCGGGAUACCUGUUCGAUGGUGAAAACUGCGUUCCCCAGGACGGCUAUCAGUGCCCGGUGGCAGACGGGAAUGCGUGUCGGGGAAAACCAAACGGCUAUUACAAGGAUUUGCGAGCCGGGUGCAGGGCGUACCAUCUCUGCACGGAUGGAAGCAAGAUAUCGUACCUCUGUGGACAUGGGCAGAUUUUCGACGGAGAUAAAUGCGUCAAUGGGGUACAGAAUUCGCAACAGUCGAUUUGCGCCACUGAUUCGCCCUGUGAGGAGCGACCCGACGGGUACUACCAAGAUCGGGACACCCAAUGUCGCCAGUAUUAUUUUUGCCAACGAGGUGAAAAACUGCAGACGCUUACCUGCCGCGGGAGCAAAAUAUUCGAUGGAAGGAGUUGCGUGUCGCCGGACAGCUACACCUGCCCGGGGCUGGAUGAUGUUGAUGCGGCUGCUAGCGAGAACUGUAUCAUGCGCCACUGCGAAUCGGUCUGCGUAAAAGGUGGAUUUUACGCCGAUUACGAUAGCGGAUGUGAGCGUUACUUUUUCUGCAUCGAUGGCAAACAGAGCACGCUGAGCUGUUCUACAAACUACGUCUUCAACGGUGAACUAUGCGUCCCCAAAGGAUCGUAUUACUGCCCGCGGUAUUGUACACCGCCCGAAUCUUGCUAGCAGGACACCUCAAACGCCAUAUGCAUGACCGCAACUACUGAAACGCAAAUACUCUUCGUCACGUUCCACUUUCGUACUGCCUCGACGCUGGGACGCACCAACGCCAAUAGAUGAUAGGUUACCAGGAAGCUUAU